UUCACUCAUAUUCAAGUUUGAGAACAUGUGGUGUUGAAGGUAACCUCAUUUUUCAAAGAUAGAAGUUGUGUUAUUAUUUUUUUUAGUGUAUCAUAUAUUUCGUCUCAUUUGUGAAAGAAAAUAUAUGAAAGGAAAGAAACGAAAGAAUGGAGUUUGUACACCUUGAUAAUGACGAUGUGCCCUUUGAUAGCCAAGAGAUCGAGACAGUACAGCAGACAAUUAUAAAAAACAUCAAUUCCCAUUUAAAUCAAACACGAUACGAUGGUUUAUUUAUGCUAGAUAAAAUUCUGCCUACUUGUUCUAAAGAUGUCUUAUCCAAAUAUGGUUUAUUCUGGAUAACUAAUGCUACUAAAGUAGUGGAAAACGUGCAUAGUAGUACACAAGAUUUAACACUGGCAUGCAAAGUAUUAGGAUUUCUAAUUGAACAUUGCAAAAACAUACCAGAAUUACAUAAACAGAUUUCUACACGAAAUGUAAAACAGAUCAUAAAUACACUUAGUGCUUUGCAAACAGAUGCAAAAUGUGGAGCAGUGUAUUACUUAAUAGCUGUUUUGCUAUAUCAUUAUCCUGAAAUUUGCGAACGGUUUCAGGGAUUGAUACAAAAAAUGAUAUUAUUACAAAUUGAUUCUACAAAUGACAAUUUGGUUAAUGCAAGUGCAAAAUGUUAUGUUCUCUUCUCUAAAGCGACAGAGCGUUCAUUUAAAUCAACAGAAUCUGGUACACCUAUAUGUACUAGAUUACUAUAUAAUGAAAUGUUGCUUUGUAAUAGUUUACAUGCUAUAUUAAAUAAAUUAUUCUAUGAAACAUUAGAACUGGAAAGUGUAAAUAUCCAAGAUGAGUUAGAAUUACCAUAUAUAGCUGAUAACAUACAUAAUUACAACAAACAGAAACAGAGAUUUUCAAAUUUGUGUAUCUAUCUUUCCUCAAUGUUACGUGGAUAUGAAGCAAAAAAUGCUGUUUUGCCUCAGGAUAUUUUAAGAGUUUUGCAUCGAGGAUUGAUGAUUACACCAUUAAAUUUAAAGAAUAAAACCUCUUCUAAUGAACAAUUGUAUAUAAUUUUGCCAAAAUUACAUAUCAGUUUGCUAACAGUUUUUGAUGCAUUGAUAAAUGGAUUUGCACAGGAGUUAAUACCAUUUGGAAAAAAAAUAUUAGGGUUAUUCCAAGGAAUAUUGCAAUGGACAAGUAUUGAUUUAGAAAAUCAAGUAACAUUUAGCAAUAGUAAACCUUUCAAAAGUGUAAAAAUACAGGCUUACAAAUGUCUUUGUUCUUGGCUUAUGAAUACCAGUUCAUUGUCCGGUAUAGAGACAAUCGCAAACGAAUGUAUUAGUUUCUUAUUAAAGGAUAUAACACCAGAACGAGAUCGUAUAUUAUUAACUAUGCACCAAAAAACGCAGCAUUUAUCUAAACGGGCAAUAAAACGUUUUAAACAAAGUCAGUAUGAAAAUAGCACAGUUAUGAAUAAUGAAAAAGAUUCUACUAAAAGUGAACGUUUAGAUCCAGAUUUGUGUAGAGAAGCCCUUAUUACUUUGCAGAAUAUAUUUUUCAGUACUACACUAUUGAAAGAAACGUUUUACAAGAAUGUGUUGAACACUGUGAUACCUUUAUUAUACAACUUUUAUUUGAGUUGUUCCGAGCAAAGCUUUUAUAAAGAUAACAAAUGCCGUUUGGAACUAUUCAAAGUAUUAAAAGCCUUGCAAAUGAAUCCACAUAUUACAUUAGCAUUUCCCAUACAAUAUUGUUUAGAAAUAUCACAUAUGGCAGCUCAUGAUAUUGAUGUAAACAUUGUUCAAGAAGCAAUACUUGCAUCAGCUGAAUUAGAAAAAAUUAUACAUCCUGCUGCACCUACAUUACAAUUGCCUCGACAACAGAAACCUGAUAAUGAAUUUGUUUCUGAAAGUCAAGCAGAAGAAGUUACUAUUAGCAAAUCAGACAAAAGAAGUCGGGCUGAAGAAAAUCUUUCCCAAAAUGUAGAUGCAACAUUAUCUGUAUCGGCCAAACGGCCAAAAAUAAUUUCGUCAAAAUGUGUUGAAAUAAUACAGAAUAGAAAUGGUAUCGAAUUAAUAGAGGUAAAUAAUAGCAUAUUAAAUGUAAAUAAAUCUCAGAUGAAAGAGAAUUCGUGUGAAGACAUUAUUAGGAAAUUAAAUGAAAAUGAUAGAACUAAAGAAGAGUUUCAAGAGGCAAAAGAUACAGAUGUGGAUUGUUCGAAAAUAUCAUUUAUUGAACGGCAAACUUGCAAACCGUUAAAUAUAAUUGCAGCCUCAAAAUGUACUGGAAAAUUUCCAAGUGUAAUGUUAAAUGUUAUAAAACCAAUAGAAACGGAUAAUAGUAUAAUAAAUGUAGAUAAAUCUCGGGAAGAUGAAAACUUAUGCAAAGAAAAAGAAAUUGAAAAUAUAUUACAAGAACAAUAUGAAGUACAUCACAAUGAAAAGGAAAAUCAGCAUAAUAUUGAUAAAAUCAUAAAUACCACUGAAGAUAAAGUAGAAUGUGAAUUAAUUACACAUGUUAACAUAGAAGAGAAACAAUUCAAAGAAAAUAUAGAAUCGUGUACAAGUAAAACAUGUACAGAUAAAAGAAUAGAAGAGAUGUCUUCUCAGAAAUAUGCCAUAACUGAAGAAGAAAUAUACAUGGAGAUAGAUGAAGAAAAUCCAGAAAAUAAAGAAGAAUCGGACAUCAGUAUACGAAAUUCUCCAAACAGAUUGAAAGAUGAACCAAGUUGGCAUAGUUAGAUUGAACCUUCUAUGACGGGACCGGAUCCGAGUAGACUGGAUAGACUGGAGACGAAACCUCGUGCGGCUGCACGAAUAUUUUCUAACUCGGAAUCGACUCUGAUCAAUUUAUUCACUGGCAAUUCUCGCAGACAGUACACCAUUUUUC